CUUUGGUCUGGUUUUACUCCCUUGGUUCUACAUCAGGCUCGUAAUCCAGGAUUUUAUGACCCAUGGUCUGCUCGAGAUGAUCUGACAUUCCAUAACCCCAAUUUCUUUGGUCUCUUAAAGGCUAAGCUCGAUUAUACACUGUUGAUGAAUCUCAGGUGCGUAAGUCAAUCAAUUGGGAACCAUGAUUACUCUGCAAGUGACCACAAGUGGUUGUUGGUGGAAGUUGAA